GCAACACCCAGUUACCCGGGACAGAUAAUGAGCUUGUCCCGCCAGGCGUCUCAACGGAUCCGGGAGCCUAGCGUUCAAGACCGUUUGGUUAUCACCAGCGAGACAGUGGCACAAGCUUCCAGUUCCCAGGCUGCUGGUACCAUGUACGGGGUAGCGGGAAUGAACUGCGAUGACAAGGAUGUAUCUUUCCUCACCCGAAGUGAGUCGUGCCUCAGCUCUCAUAUGUCUUCCCCGGAUAUUUUCACUGCAACUGCAAUGGACCCGGGCCUUGCCCACGCUUACAGAAGCACUCACAUUGUUGAACACCAUGACAUACACGCUCGCGGUUACGACCAGGCACGGAGACAGCUGUUUAAACAGCAGCUACAGAACAAAGCAGCGCAAAGAAGGUCUUGGCAUUUUGAUGACAGAAAUGGAGCAUACAUAGUAACUGAUCUAAUCAAUAACAGACCUUGUGCUCCAUUACCUGCACACGUCAGGCCACGGAAAGACCCCGAGGAAGAAAAACCGCCUAUACCUCCACGGAGAGACAAACUAAUAUCACCACCAGCACCUAAGCGAUUGCCUGGAAAUGAAGCCGUAUCUUUAGCUCAAAAUAGCUCUGAUCUAAUGGUAUUAGAGGAUCCGAUAGUUACUGCACCAGGUAAAACAAACCAAAACUUCAGCGAUGUAACAGGAACUGUUGAAUCUUCUGUUAAAAGAAACACGAAUCCUUUCAUUGACGACACAGUUGUGAAUACAUCACAAAUGUUAAGUGACCUACAGCGCAGCACACUCAGCAAUACCUCAUGGGAGACACAGUCAUGGCCUGAGCCUCCAUCAGAAAGUGAAAUCUUAGGGCAAACAGCGCCAGCAGUGCCUAGCAAUAGUAGUACCGCCACAGAUAAAUCUGCUCCCAUUGUCUAUUCUUCCCAGUUAAAAACCGUACCCGAAAGCCUUCAGUAUCAACCACAGAAUUACGGUAGCCAUCCCAGGAAGCCUGACCAACAGGAUGAAUCUAAAAUUCCAUAUAAUACAUUAAAGUCCAACGAAUCCCAGAACAAACCAUCUAAGACCAAUCACACAGACCGUUCACACAGGCAUAAGAAAGGCACUGGUGGUAAAAUCACACCUCCUUCGCUUGAAGCUCAGAUCCCCGUAAUGAAAGAAUACGACAACCCACUCUUCAAAGCCCAGGCACCAGAUGGAGACAGGCCUGUGACACUGGGGGAAACUUUUUCAUUGCAAAUCUGCGAAUCAACGUCAUUCGUUCAUCCUUCUCCUGAACAGCCCCCGCCUUCAUCCUUUUACGCUGCUGUCGGCAACACCAAAAGUGAUCCUUCCUCUCUUCGGCGCCACAGUGGUCAUUUUACUUACACCCCUAUUCUGGAAGAUGGAGGAAAUGUAGGCAACCCUAUAUCACAUGUCUCUUACGAUCCAAGCCGCAACAACCCUCCUCCUAGCUACAGCAGGUACAACAAUAGAAGACCAGAAGACACUUUAAACAAACACUCUUCACCUAAAGAUAAGCCCAGAUCUAACAGCAAACAACAUCACCAACAAAACGGAAUAGUUAAAUCACGUCCCCGACAGGUGAAACGUGAGCACCAGCAAAGGCGAAAUGGGCACCCAGAUCCCGGGAACCCCCCGCAAUACCAAACAACGUCCCCGCACACAGGAAGAUACGGUUCUAGCCCUGAUCUGGUCAGCAAGUCUCCCAGGGUAGGCAGGCGCAGACCAGACAGCGCUGGAACGUAUGGCUACGACACAAACAGACAAACUCAAUCACCGUAUUAUAGCGUACAACCUGGUCAAUACCGUCAUUGGGGUGACUCAGAUCUUUAG